CGGUGAGAGCAGUGAAUCUCCCUUGCGAACUUGGUCUUGUAAUGACGUGUUCUAAUUCUGAAUGCAAGCCCACUUAGUGAAUGGGCCUUAAAGAGGCCCAAAAUGGGCGGCCCACGAAGAAGCCCACAUAGGAGACAUCGGAAUCGAACGACGACAACACUAAACCCCUUUGCUCCAUCGAGUCCCCCAGACAACAGAGGGAUAAGGAGGUUCAGAGGAGUGGGUAGAAGGACAAUGGCGAAUCUAAACACCGCCAUUGAUUCAGCAUUCUGGGACCAGAACAUCUCCACGCCUCAAACCCUAGACGGUACGGCUCGGUCUGUUCCUGGUGAGCCCUUCCCCAUCGACGGCUCACGCGCUAGCCGGGCUCACCGGAUUCAGCAGCUCUCUCUCCUUCGCGAAGGCUUUCCUCUCGGCAUCAUCCCUUCUCUUGCUCCUGCUUCCGACAAGAAACUCGGCUCCUUCUCUCUCCAUUCUCUGUUGCUUAGUCCUUCCUCUUCCGACUGGUGGCUGGGGUUAGUUGGGCAGUUCCGACCAAAGAAACUGAUAUCAGACAUCAGAGCUGAAAUCACCAAUGCAGAAGAGUGGGAUCUCCAGGUUGUCAAGGACACAGCAAAACAUAUCAUCGACAAAUCCUUGUACUCUAUCGGUAUGUGGGCGCAGUUUGCAUUGGGUUCGUCAUCGUCUUUGUUGCUCAGCACUGAGCGGCAGGGUGACAAGAACGGAUUUCGAAACAAGCUAACCUUUGUCCAUCCGCUUGAAGAGCAUGAUGUCACUUUGGAAGCAGCAUGGCCUGAACUGUUUGUUGACCAUAAAGGACGUUACUGGGACGUUCCCGAAUCAAUUUCCUUUGACGUGUCAUCCCUUGUCCCAGAUUCUGGGUUGAGAUAUCGCUUUGGUCUACACAGUAACCGUGGCCAACCCCGGGCUGUCAAUGAUGCUGAUGGCGAUGCUCCUCCUGCAUUGAUGCCUGGGUUGUGCAGCAAGGCAGCAGUUUCAUACAAAAUGAGCAGGGACUUCUGGAGGCAAAAAGAGGGCGAAGAUGAUGGAACUACGAACACGGAAGAUGAUGAUUUUGAUGUACCAUCAUACGAUGAACGCCUCAAGGAGCCCCAUGCAGCAAUAUCAGGAAUAAUCGGUGGCAGUUUCGCAGCAUGGAUUACAGGGCGAGACAAGAGGAGGAGUCCGAUAAGCGCUGAUUUGUUCAGUUCUGUUUGUUAUACGUUCCAGAAAGGGCAAUUCAGAAAGUAUUACCGUGAUCUAACCCGGGUAGAUGCUCGUGUGGACAUUUGCUCGGCUUCAGCACUUGCCAAGAGGGUCUUCCAAACCCUUACGAGAUCUUCAGCUGAUGCCGCAGAUGAUUCGUUGUGGUCUCCCAGGCUAAAGCUCAUAUUCAUGCAACAGGUUGCAGGGCCAAUCGUGUUCAGAGUAGAUUCACAGUUUCAGGUAGGGGCAGGAAAGUAUGGAGCAAGAAUGGAAGAUGUGAUGCUCAGUUUGAAUUACUCCUUGAGGCUUCUGGAAUCUGGAAAGGUCGUGGCUUGGUAUUCUCCCAAACGAAAGGAGGGUAUGAUCGAGGUUCGAGUCUUGGAGUUUUGAUCCUCCCAAAUGUUGAGUUUUCCAUCUUUGAAACGUUUAUGCGUCAGAAUUUGCUGGAAAUUGCAAGCAAUUUCAUUCUUCGAAAAUGUCCCAUCUGUCUUUCAGCUCA